AUGCUACCAAUGCAAAACACAGUUCGAACACCGAAGAAUAAGACUACUUUCGACAAGAAAGUCCACACACCUCCAAGUGUCGAGCAGGAUGCUAGAAAGUCUAAAUUGCUGAAAAAUCUCUCUGGCAAGGUCUUUAGAAGAGCCAGUCUUAAAUCUCAACAGAGUACGACUUUGGAUUCUAUUGAGCUCUUCAAUAACGUUGGUAACUCUAUGUCGAUGAAGAGAUCUACACCAAAGCCAUUAAACCUGAGUCAACCAUUGACGCCUCCACCAAGUGUGAAAGGACAGAAAAAGGAGCUACAACAACAACGGCAUCAAAAGGAUACUUUCCGAUUGUCUACUUCUAGUUCCUCUGGAUCAAUUAAAACGGCUAAGUUAGACUCACCAAUACAUCUUUUUUCACCACUUAGACCCAAAAGUUCCAAAUCAAAUGGGAUCAAGCCUAUAAAUUUGAGGAAUUCGUUGAGAUCUGCCUCCACUUCAAGCAGCAUCAGAAGUCAUCCUAUAAUAUGGACCGAGACAGUGGAAGAUCCAUAUCUAGAAGAAGAUUCUCCAACAUAUUUGUGCAGCAUCUCGAAAAAUAUCUCUAACGUUAGUUCCUCUGCUGGUCGGAGAAGGUUUGUCUCUGAGCAGUGUAGUAUGUGUGCUGAAGGUAUGAAUAGUAUUUUCCCCGGUGAAACUGUGGUACAGAUGACUUGUUCCCAUGCUAGUCAUUAUGAAUGUUAUUUGGCCAUGUAUGAAUCCCAUUAUAGAGAAGGUAAAUGGCCACAAUGUAGAACCUGUCAUAAAGUUUCUAAGCCAGUGGAUGAAGAUGUUAUUCAUAAAAUGACAUCGAGCCUCUUGACUCGUAGAGAGAGCACUUCUUCUAUUAUUGAACAACAUCUAAUGAAUGCAAGAUUAUCUGAUAGCGCAAGUAGUGCUGUGUUUGACUUUACUCCAAGGGACCAAUUAAUCACGUCUGCAGACAUUUCUUCAGAUGGGUUCAAAACCCCGCUACGGAUACCAAGAGUUACUACCAACUACGAGAAUGACGAUACGGAAUUGUCGUAUGAAAAUUUGUUUGGAAGUGGAAUUCCGACUUCAGAUAGUAACACUGCAAGCGUUGUAGUGGAGGAAAGUCGAAGGGUAAGUGAUAGUAAUAGUGAUUGUGAUGGUGAUGAUCAGCUGGAUCUAAAGAUCGAAAUCAACCCAUUACUAAAUAACCAUUAUUCGAUAACCGCUCAGCUUCCAAGGGAUAAACACGGCAAGAACUGUUGCAAGGCGAACCCUAAGCGUAACCAACACAUUUUACAGGAAAAGAACAUAUUAAUAUUACAAGUUGAAAGCUUUGUGAAAAGAGAAGUUGACCCUAAGGACGAAUUUGGAUCUUUAUCAAUAUUCGAUCAAAUCAGUUACUCAACAGAUGGUGAACGUUGGGAUGAGAAUACGCUGGUAUGUUUCUUCGAAAAAUGUUUGAUACUUUUCGAUCUUUUUGAAAUGAAGACAAUUGGCAAGAUUCCAAUCGAACAGGUUUGUCAUGUUAAUCGAUUAAGUGAAACCACAUUGAUUAUUGACUUGAAAAAUAGAACAUUACCAGAAAUUUAUUUUGCAUUUCCACCCCAUUUGAGGAAUCACAAAUCCGUAUUGGAAAAAUGGAAAUACUAUUUGAUGCAACCUGGAAGGGAACCAGAAUUAGAAUUCAUGUCGGAUACAGCCUGGGAGAUUUUCCCCGAAGAUAUGGCACCAGCACUAAUGGGAAUUGUCGGUGACAAUAAGCGGUUCGUCUGCAAUCAAUGCGCUAAACCAUGGGAAAACGGGACCCAAGAAGUGCCUUUGCAAUUGAUUGUAUGUUUGAGCCUUUGCCAGAGACGGGAAGAAGAUGGUGCACAGUACAGACAAAGAAUUAUUGGUGGUCUUCACAAAAUGUUAGAGUCAUUGAACGAUCGAGACCUUCUGGGAGUCGUCACCGUUGGUAGAAAUGGCAGUGGUGAAAUUGGCGAAUUUGGAUCGUUUGUCGGUACAGUCUCAAAAAAUUGGUCUGGCUGGAAGGAAUAUAUCGAUGAACUAGAAACCGUAGAUGGUCCAUGUUUCCAAACGCCUUUAAAGGAAUUUAACAGAGUAUGGGAGACUUGCUACCGGUUAGUAAGUACAUCCUCGUCUCUCUUGGAAGGUGAAGAUCAAAAUCAAUUCUCUAAACAAAUUGUCCUUAUGACUGAUGAUGCUAGAAUUCAAAGGCAAGGCGGUAAAAACAAAUUUGAAGAGAUUAUCAAAAAUCAUUAUGGCUUUGACGUGACUCGCAUACCACCAUCAACAUCAACACUUUCUCUGUGUGAAAAUAUCUCUUCAACCGUGACUAACUUGCACCAAAAGAGGUUUAAAGAUUUAGAAGUUACAUUACAGGGGAACGUAAUUUUCAAAUUUGGAAAUAUGGCACCAGGUGAAAAGAAGACCCUCUAUAGCGAGCAUCAGAAGAAUUCAAUGCGCCUUGCAGCUCGCGGUAAUAAUGCCAACUGCGUCCGCAUUCCCUAUCAUGCCCAAUGGUUCAAUUUGAGAACUUCAGCAGAAGAGAAAAUCCAUAGGUUCGCUUCAUAUAAUAGUCGUAGCUCAUAG